AUGUAUUUUUUUAUAAGAAUAUGGAAUAAUUUAUUAAAAUGUGUUGGUUUAAAUGUAUUAAGGAAAAUUAACAAAAAUAUUUUUUUUUAUAUUUUAAAUUUAAAAGAGUGCUUAAGAUUUGAAGGUUUGUUUGAUGGAAUAAUUUUAGAAAAUGUUGUUUUAAAUUGUAAAUUAAUAAAAAAAAAACUAGAGUUUUGUGAUUUUCCUUUUUAUUUUAAGCAUAUUUCUAUAAAAAGUUGUCAAAUUAAAUUUUAUUUUUUUAAACGAGAAAUAAAGAUAAUAAUAGAUGGUGUAAUUAUAAUUUUGGAAUUAAAAGAAAACGAAGAAAAAAAAAAAAAUGAUAAAAAAAUAAAUAAAUGUCUUAUUUUUUAUGAAAAUAAAAAAUUAUCGUUUUAUAGUAAGAUAAUAAGAGUUAAAAAUUAUGUGACAACAUUUUUAAAAUGGAAACAAAUAGAGGAAUGUAAAUUUAAUAUAGACGUAAUUUCAUUAAUACUAAAAAAUUCUUAUGUAUAUAAUAGUAUAUAUAUAAAAUUAUAUAACAAUUUUAAAAAAAAAUUGAAGAACUUAAAUAUAAAUAGUUUCUCUUCUUACUUAAAUACAAAUAAGAAAUUCAAUAACUCUUAUAAAGAAAAUUCCUUUUAUCCAAUUUUUUUUUUAAAAAAUAAAAACAUAUUUAGACAUCUAAUUAAAUGGUUUAUAAGAUAUGUACCUAAUAUUAAUUUUAAAUGUUCAAAUAUAUAUGUUACCUUUCCCAAUAUUUAUAGAAUUAAUAUUAUUUUAAAAAUAAAAGAAAUAUUAUUUUUUUAUGAAAGAAAUAGACUCUUUUUACUAUGGCCUCUAAAAUAUUAUAAAAAUCCCCUUUUUACAAUUAUUAAAAAUAAAAAAUUUGAAUUCAUAAAUAAUAGUAAAAAAAAAAAAGUAAUAGAAAAUAAUAAUUAUUAUUAUAAUAACAAUUACAUUAGUCAGAAUUAUGAAAAUACUUCAAAAAAAAAUAUCAAUUAUCAAGGACAAUUUAAAAAUGUAACAAUUCUAGUAAAUAAUAAAAAAAACAUCAUAAAUAAAAUAUAUAAAAGAAAAAAUUACAAAACAGAUAAAACAAAGACAAAGGAAAUCUUUUUAAAGAGCUCAUUUGAUUUUGAAAUAAAUGUAGUUGAAAAUAAGAACAGUCCUCUUUCACUUUAUUUUAUCUUAUUUUUUGAUAAAAAUUUUUAUAUAAAUAUUAACAGUAUUAUUAUAUUAGAAAUAAAUAAAUAUAUAAAUUUAAAAAAUGAAAAGAAAACUGAAUGGAUAGUAAAUUAUUACAAACCAAAGUACCGAAUUAAUGAUUUUUUAAAGCUUUCCGAUAAAAUUAUUUUAAGAAAUAAUAAUAUUAGUAAAGCAAAAAUUGAAAGAAAAAAUAAAUUUAUAAAUGAAAAAGAAGAAAAUGUACACAUAUGUAAAGAUGUAGAAAAAAGUAGACUUCAAAUAAAUGAUAUUUAUAUGAAAUAUAAAAAUGAUUAUAGUAUUUUUAGUAAUGUAUAUAGGAAAAUACAAAUACAAAAUAAACAUGAUAAUCUAAUUGAUUAUAAAGAUGAUAAAUGGGGAAAUAAUUUUUUUUCAAAUAUUUCUAUAAAAUUUAAUGAUAUAAAAAAGUAUAAUAAGAAUGAAAUUAACUCAUUUUAUUUUAGUUCUUUAAUUAUUGAUAUUUUUAAAAAAUACAAUUUAAUCAACAGCAAUAAAAUAGAUAAAAAUAUAAAAUGUUAUAAAUUUUAUUUUUCAAAAAGAAAAAAAGAUUAUUUUUCAGAGACCGAUUUAAUAUUUCAUAAAAAUAAAAAAAACAUAAAAACAUAUUGCUAUACCACUCAUAAUUUAAAUAUAGAAGCAUCUGAAAAAAUUAAUAGUCAUAAUAAAAAAUUACAAAAUUUUUAUAAUAUUUAUAAUUACAAAUCAAAAAAAAGUUAUAUUAAAAAUAAAUUAUAUUAUUAUGAUAUAGAAAAAUAUUGUAAGUAUAAAACAGUGAAAGGAAAUAAUUUUAUAAAAAAUAAUUUCAUAUAUAAAAAUUGUAAUUAUAUAUGCAAUUGUAAUAAUAUAAAUGAAAAUUUAUUAAAAAAAUCAAAAAUAGGAUAUAAUGUAAGUUGUAAAACAAAAUAUUUUUCUACAUUUAAUGAAAAUCAUUUUUAUGAAAAUUUGUAUGCAGAUAGAAAGUCAUUAACAAUUUUAAAAAGAAAAAUAAUUAAAAAGUGGUGGUUUUAUUUGUAUAAAUGUGUCUUAUUUAAAGUAAGACAAAAAAAAAAGAACUUAAAAGAAGUUAUUAUUGAAAGAAUAAAAACAAAAACAGCUUAUAUAAAUAUUAUCAAAAGCUUUAUGAAAUCAAAUAGCAAAUUAGUCAACUAUUUUAAUUUAAAUAUAGAAGAACUCUGUAUUUUAUAUAAAAAGAACAAUAAAAUAAGAUAUAUUUGCAAUUUAUAUAAUUAUUUCUGUUCAACUGAAAUAUCACAUUGGCACCUUUUAGCUUUAGUUGAUUAUGAAUAUGAAAAUAAAAUAUGUAGAGGACUGCUAAAUGUAUUGGAAAUGAAAUCAUUCAUAAAAGAAAAAAAAAAAAAAUUUAAAAUGACUGAUUUAUAUUUUUGUAGAAAAAAGUUAUUACACAGAUUUUACUUUUAUGUUGAUUAUAAAAAUUGUUUUCCUUACAAUUAUAAAUUUAAUAAUGAAAUACAAUAUAUUAAUGAUCUUUUUUUUUACUAUAAUAACAAAUUAUUAGUAAAUAGCAAUAAAAAAUUAAAUGAUUCAACUAUUCCAGUAAAAUAUAAAAGAUAUUUUCAGUUUUCAUUGCCAUUCUAUGUAAAAAAUAAACAAAUACAAAUUUUUAUUCCUAAAUUAAAAAUAUAUUUUAAAAAAAAAAUUAAUGAAAGAAAUGAAAAUGACUCUAAAAAUAAAAAUGUUUUCAAGUUUAUUAUUUAUCAAACAGGAAUUAAAUUUUCUUUUUUUAAUGAAUACUCCUUUUUAUUUUGUUUUCAUUCCUUAUAUUCAACAAUAUUUAAUGAACCAUUUAUAAUAUUAGAAAAUAACCACACUCCUACCUAUAGAAUAUUGCAUAUUAACACUAUAAAUAAUCAUGAAGAUUCAUUAAAAAAUAUAGAUGAAUAUUUAUGUUAUUAUGCAAAAUGUUGUAAAAAAAAAUUUUGUCCUUUAUCUACAUGUAAUUCAAAAGGAAUAAAAAUUAAAGGAAUUAUUCAAAAUAAUAAUGAAACUCAUCUAGAAUUAAGCUCUCUUGAAUCUCCAAUUAAAGGAAAAGUAUGUUUUUUAGAAGAACUAUUUGAUUUAAUUAAUAAGUCUUAUAAAAAGUUAUUUAGUGAUAAUAACAAUGAUGAUAAAAAUAUAGAAAAGUAUAAACAAAAAUGCACUUUAACGUAUGACAAAAAAGAAAAGUCUCUGUCUACCAAAUUAUUUUGUAAAUUUCAUUCACUAAAUAUCAAAAAAAAAAUAUUGAGAUUAUCAGAUGAUUUUAAUUAUUUGCAAGUUAUUGUUAGUUGCAAUAAUUUCGUUUACAAUUUCAAUAAGAAAAAUAUCCCUUUUUUUAUAUAUUCAAAUUUGAAUAUAAACAAGUUGAAGAUCUAUAUAUCUAAACAUAUUUUAUUUAAUAUAAAAAAUGAAUUCAAUUUAUUAAAAAAAACAAUGUACGAAAAAAAAUUAAAAAAUAAUUUUAACUUCAAUUUUUUUGUUAAUAUAUACAAAAAUAACAUAUUUAUGCUUUAUAAAUUAUUGAGCAAAUAUUCAAAAAAAAAUCUUAACAAAGAAUUGGCACUAUUUAUUAAAAAUAGAAUAAUAAAAAAUUUUAUAUAUUUAGAAAAAAAAGAAAAAAAUAAUAUUUUUAAUUUGUUAAAUUAUUUGAAUGAAAAAAAAAAUCAGAAAAUUUUGGAAAAAAUAAUAUUUAAAAGUUUAAUAAUAAAAAUAAAAAUUCCAAGUAUAACCAUAUUUAUAGAAAAGAAAAUUGUAAUUGAAGAUAAAUUCAUCAUUUUAGCAUAUCCUUUAAAUGCUAUUCAUAAGAAAAAAAUAAAAAAAGAUUUAAAAAAUAAUACUUCUAUGAAUAACAAUGAGGAUAUAUUGGAAACAUAUGAUUCUUUUUUUAAAUUUUUAUCAAAAAAUAAUGUUUCUUCUUUUAAUAACGAGAACAACUAUUUACAAUUCAUAUUUUAUUUUAGUGGAUUAGGUUUUUGCUUUAAAUCGUAUAAAAUAGAAGAUUUAUUAAAAAAGCACGAAAUCCUAUUUUUAAAAAUUUAUAACAAAUUUGUUUCAUAUAUUUCAUAUAUAUGUAUUCAAUAUAAAGAAUAUUUUAUGAAUUCCUAUUUAUUUUUUAUAUUUUUUCAAAUUUAUAAUUUAAAAAUUCAUAUAAAUCUUUUAAAAAAGAAAAGAGAAAUAAAAUGUGUUAAUUGA